GGUUUAUCGACCUUCAUGGUCGCCUCUGCCUUCCUAUCGGGGUUGGUAAGCGUAAGCAACAUGUCGCGGACACCCGUGCCGGUUUCAUCGCCACCACCACCACCGCCACCUCCUGGAGCUCACCAUCACCCUGGAGAUAAGUACGACGACUGGGAUUCGGAUUACGGCUGGUUUGCGUUAGCCCGGUCCGGUUUCCUCGAUGCGGUUUCCGUGGCACUGAGUUACCUCAGUUUGCUACUCGCUCUUGCAGUGAUGGCCUAUGAGAUGUACAGUCAC